UAAUCACAAGUAUUGUCAUUUUUAAUGAAUACUGUGGCUAUAAUCGAAGUUUGAUAACGUUUUAAAGCAUAUACUGAGCGUAAAAAUUUAAUAGCUGGAGCACUAUUGUUUUUAUAUCGGUUUAAUAUCAUCGAUAAGGUCACGGAUGGAGGCAAAAUUAAAGGAAUAUCGCGCUCUUCGACGUCGCAAAGAGCUCAUUGAAAACGCGAAGACCAAGAUUGAGCAGUCCAAGAAUAAAUUUGUGGAUUUCAUCACCCCAAACUUCUUCAAAGAGAUGGAAAAAGCAAAAGAAGAUGAGGUCUUGUUGAUCGAAAAUGAAGAGCCACUAGCUUCAGAGUACCCUCUCCACCAGUUUGAAGAUAGUACAGAUAUAGCAUCAGAAUCCCGUGAAGUAGAAACUGUGGUACCAGGAACACAAGAAUCUUGGCGAUACUUCAUCAUUAAAUGGUCCAUUUACACCAUAAUAUGGCUUACACUAUAUGCAUUCUUCCUAAAGAUACAAUUUGGUGCAGUCUUCUUUGUAUUUUCCGUUUUAAUUGGGAUAUAUCUAAAUACUAGAACAGGGCCGAGGAGAAAGGGGGAAGUGUCAGCGUACAGUGUAUUUAAUAAGGAUUGUGCCAGCAUUGAUGGCACAUUGAAAGCUGAACAGUUAAUGAAAGAAAUGAUGUAUGGUGCUGCUGUUCGGUAAACAGUGACUAUUCAAAUUAAUUUAUUUUAUAUAUAAUAUUUAUUAAUAUAGCUUGAC